AUGUUCUGGUCAAAUUGCGGUCAUGUGCUCUGGUUGCGGGCCGGCCCUGAAUUAUCACAUCUUCCUCCUUCUCCAAACGGCCCUUCUCCCCUCCCCCUCCCCUCCCCCUCCCCUCCCCCUCCCCUCUCCCCUCCCCUCCCCCUCCCCUCUCCCCUCCCCUCCCCCUCCCCCUCCCCUCUCCCCUCCCCUCCCCCUCCCCUCUCCCCUCCCCUCCCCCUCCCCUCUCCCCUCCCCUCCCCCUCCCCUCCCCCUCCCCUCCCCCUCCCCUCUCCGCUCCCCUCCCCCUCCCCUCUCUCUCCCAGCUUCCUUCGUCAAGGUGCUGUUGCAGCCGGCCCCAUGCUUAUCAGAUCUCCCUUCUUCCCCAAACGGCCCUUGUGGAUGGUCGUGUGGGUGCCAUGCGGCGCUCUCAUAGCAGCAUGGCUGCGGUGGUGUGGGACUGGCACAAGCAGCACGAGAGCUCUUUUUUCCUUCUUCGCCCCCCAUCCAUCCCCUUCUCUCCUCCCAGCGUCCCUGUUCACGCUGCUGGUGGUCGUGUGGGUGGCAUGCCGCGUAUGGUCUGGUUGCGGCCGGCGCCACACUUAUCAGAUCUCCCUUCUUCCCCAAACGGCCCUCCUCUCUCUCUCUCUCCCAGCGUCCCUGUUCACGCUGCUGGUGGUCGUGUGGGUGGCAUGCGGCGCAGUGAUAGCAGCAUGGCUGCUCUACUGGAGGCACUCGCAGUACGUGGAUCAAAGGGAGGAGGCGCUGGGAGUGUGGUGCAAGGAGCGCGCCCUCACGUUGCAGCAGCUCGUGCUGGCCCAUGCUGGGCAGAUGCAGGUGAGGUUGGAGUGGGUUGAUGCCGAACCUAGAGAGUGGCAGCGGCGGUUGGCAGGGGAAGCAGCAGCAGUGGGGAACCGCGAUAUAGAGUAUUCUACAUCGCCUCAUGCAAGUGAGGUUGGAGCGGUCCUGCUCACCCAUGCUGGUCAGAUGCAGGUGAGCUGUGUUGUCUCAGGGCUGAUUCCUGUGGUGGGCAAGCCAGGGCGGGUGGGCAAGUGGGACAUGGGCGGGUGGGCAAGUGGGACAUGGGCGGGUGGGCAAGUGGGACAUGGGCGGGUGGGCAAGUGGGACAUGGGUGGGUGGGCAAGUGGGACAUGGACUCUUUCAGGUGUGAUUUCUGUGAUGGGCAAACCGGGGCAAGGGAGCAAGUGGGGCAUGGGCAGGUGUUUGAACGGCAGCAUGUGGGUGUCUUAUCUCACUCGCACCGCACCAACUCGCCCGGGGAACACUGGUGCGGUCGCGUGUGCGCUGGUGCGCGAUGCAGAGAGGCCGGCCUUUGAAAAGCAGUACGGCAGCAUCAGAGACAACACGCUGAUCGUCAGCGCACGCCGCCCCAUCUACUGCCCGAAGAUUCUAGAGCUCACAACGCUCUAUGCCACCAACGGCCCCAGCAACAUCGACAUGUUCCAAAGAUACUACUCUCUGAUCCCGCUCGUGCUAGAAGGCCGGCACUUCUACUCCUGGCCCUACGCCCUCGCCAAUCCACUCACUCAUGCCGGAUUCGACCCAUCCAAGUCCUUUGAGCUAUACGACAUCACCGACCCAGCCUCGCUCUUCGCCAUCGUCUCACCAGUCCCCCCACACGCCUACUUCCGCCCCGACGACAAGCUCCCCUACAUGCACCCCUCUCCCAACUCUGAAACCCGCCCCUGGGAGCAUCGAGCCGUGGUGCCUCUAAUUGAGAUGGGAGCCGGCGUGCGCAGAUAUGAGCAUCGAGCCGUGGUGGUGCCUCUAGAGAUGGGAGCAGGUGUGAGAAAGUACGAGGUCUGGUGCAGGCACACACAGCCCCCCAGCACGUGGCAAUCGUGGGGCAUCCCCAUCCUCAUCGCCCUCUUCGCCCUCCUCCUCGUGUUGCUCGUGCUGCUGGCGGCAUGUCUGCAGCGUGCUAAGUUCCUGCAGACCCAGCAGCAGAUGGCGGAAGCUGAUAGGCUGAGACGGGAGGCAGAUGAAGCAGAGGCAUCGAAGAGCAUGUUUGUAGCGUGCAUGUCUCAUGAGCUGCGGGCGCCCAUGGUUGGAAUCAUAGGCAUGCUCGAUGCUCUAGCAGACAUGGGCCUGGACUCCUCCCAGCUAGAAGACCUGCUAUUGGCCACAGCGUCAGCAAAGAAAACACUGCAUCUGGUCAACCGCGUGUUGGACAUGGCGAAGCUGGAGGCAGGCAAGGCGGUGGCGGAUGAGACGGUGAUUGACGUGCGGGAGUGGCUUGAUGCUGCGUUGCACUGGCACGUGGAGGCAGCACGCUCCAAAGGCAUUGAAU